AUGGCGUGGCACGACGCCGACAGCUGGCUGUCGCGAAGCUUUGGGCCGUAUCUCUCCACCAUCCUCCUCGCAGCCUUCGUCUCCGUCGCCCUGCCGCUCCUCCUCCAUCUCUACAUCUACCGUAAAACAGCGCCCACCAGCCUCCCCGCCUUCCUGCUCAUCGGUCCCAGCGGCGCGGGCAAGACCGCUCUCCUCACUCUCCUCGAGCGCGGCAAUCCAUCUCCUACACAUACAUCCCAGGCACCUCUCAGCGUCGAAAUCACCCUUCCCUCAGACACGGCCGCCGCAUCGAACAAGUACCGCUCCGCCUCCGACCCCACCGCGCAAAAGAAUAGCCGCUUCCUCCUCAUCGACACGCCCGGCCAUGGCAAGCUCCGCCACUUCGCUUCCGCCCAGCUCGUCGCUCCGCAGAACCUCAAGGGCAUCAUCUACCUCGUCGACGCCGCGAACCUAAGCAGCGACAGCGCAGGUGUCUCCGGAAGCAGCAGUUCCGGCCUCACGGAAGCAGCAGAGUACCUUCACGACAUCCUUCUCGCGCUGCAGAAACGCUACACAAACACCAAGACGAGCAAGGGGCCCGGCGAGACGCCUGUGCUGAUUGCAGCAAACAAGAUGGAUCUUUUCACUGCGCUGCCGGCGCCGUUGGUCAAGGCGGCGUUGGAAGCGGAAAUCACGAGAGUGCGGGACACACGCGCGAAGGGCUUAUUGGAUAGUGGCAUUGGGAUGGACGAAGAUGGGGACAGGGAGGAGAGGGACUGGCUCGGCGAUGGGGGAGAGGGCAAGUUCACGUUCAAGCAGAUGGAGGAAGUCAAUGUCGUGGUUGAAGUCAAGGGAGGAAAUGUCGUGGGUGGGCAGGGCGGUGAGGUGGGUGAGUGGUGGGAAUGGAUUUCGAGGCAGCUCUAG